AUGGCCACACUCGACUCCCUAAAGCGGGCUCUUAGACAGACAGCCAAGACAACGGCGUCGUCCCCGAAGCAGCCUUUGUCCGACACACAGUACGGCGUCGGCUUCGAUAUCUUGGUACAGGACUCAGGAUGUAUGGCCUACCAAGACUUCAUUAUCCCUCAAUUAUCUCAGCUGCUAAGCCCUCUCUUCAUCUCGCGUACCCAUAUCUCGGCACUAGAGAUCGGACCCGGCCCAAAGAGCAUACUUGGACAUCUUCCCGCCCAUCUGAGACGAAAGGUCAAGAGAUACACUGCAUUCGAGCCUAACGGUUUAUUCGCUACAAGGUUGGAAGAAUGGCUUUGCCCUACCUCCGAGAUGAAGUCCCCGCUGCCUUGUCUGGACGGCCCGCCUGAUAUCCAUCGAGUUCCAUUCGUUCUGAAGGACACCAUCGUGAACGGUAACAAUACGGGUGAUGACGAGGAUGAAUACGACAUCAUCCUAUUCUGCCAUAGCAUGUAUGGCAUGAAGCCCAAACAUAGGUUCAUCGAACGGGCGCUGGAACUGCUUGUUGAGCGGCCACAAGGCGGAAUGGUAGCGGUUUUCCAUCGUGACGGGGCCCUGCAUCUCGACGGCUUGGUGUGCCAUCGAACGGCUUCUUUCCCUUCCGGAGUCGUUCGCGUGGCAGAUGACGAUGAGGUACUAGACUGUUUUGCUCCUUUCAUCGCGGGGUUCAUCAUACAAGACGUGGACGUGGACGAGGCUAUCCGAAUCGAGUGGCGUAAGGUGUGCCGCGCCUUGGGCCGUCGCGAGGAAGCUCACCCAGACCAUCUCUUCUUCAGUUCACCGGAAGUCAUGGCAGCCUUUACCCAACAUGCGACCACAUUGCCGGAGCUGACGGCGCAGGUGCCAUUGGGGAAGGACCAGGCAGUUAAAAACCGAGAAGCCCGCCUCUACCGCCCUGCCUCGAUGAUUAGGCCAACAGAGGUCCGACACGUCCAGCAGUGCGUUCGAUGGGCUCUAAAGCACGGGGUCGGCCUUACCGUCAUUGGUGGGGGUCACAGCGGCCACUGUCUACGGCCCAACGUUGUCUCGGUCGACAUGGGCGCCUUUGACAAAGUACAUAUUCUUACAGCGGGGGACGAUGGAGGAGAUGCCGGGUCCGAUUCCGGUUCCGAUUCUAGUUCCUUCGUCGUCGCCGAGGCGGGCUGCAAGACGGGGGAUAUCGUUCGCAAGGCCAUGGCGGCGGGCGUGACAGUACCGCUAGGGGCUCGCCCAAGCGUAGGUGCGGGGCUGUGGCUACAAGGCGGCAUCGGGCACCUAGCUAGGUUGCACGGGCUCGCAUGCGACGCCAUCGUCGGUGUCGUUAUGGUCAGCGUCGAAACUGGCCAGGUCCUCUGCGUCGGCCAUGUACCAAGCCAACACCGGCCGGCCGAUGCUGUUCGCCCAGCAAACGAACCCGAUCUUUUAUGGGCGAUAAAAGGCGCCGGGACUAAUUUUGGCAUCGUGGUCAGCGCGACUUUCAAGGCUUACACGGCUCCGACCUACUUGACUCGAAACUGGGUCUUCCCGCUGAGUGACAACCUCGAGGCACGGCUCAGGCUCAGCGACUUUGAUAAACUCGUCGCCAGGAAGCUCCUCCGGAACUGUUCUGCAGACGCGUAUCUGUACUGGGACGCCGGCCGGCUGCAUCUUGGCGUGACUAUAAUUGAAUCUUCCACGAGUAGGUCCACUUUUGAAACAUUCACGCCCACACCCGUAGGUGCAACUUUGGGGCCGGAAGACGCUUUCAAGGCCGUGGACGCCGUCGGUUUGUUCGAGACGGAGAUGUACGUCUCCGGAAUGCACGGCGGGCACGGUGGCGGCAAGACGUCCUCGUUCAAGCGAUGUUUGUUCCUAAAAAGCAUCGGAGAAGCGAACGUCGUCGACCGGUUGGUAGUGGCCGUUAAGACUCGUCCCUCGCCACUCUGUUAUCUCCAUUUGCUGCAAGGUGGUGGAGCGGUGGGCGACGUUGCGGCUGAUGCCACUGCUUUCGGCUGUCGAGACUGGGAGUUUGCCUGCGUGAUAACUGGUGUCUGGGACCGCGCCCAAGAUGGCACCGAAGCCGCGCGAUCUGCCGUGCGAUGGGUUUACAAAGUCGCUGAGGAACUGUUGUCCUUAAGUAGCGGAGCUUACGGCGCCGACCUCGGGCCGGACCCCAGAGACGCGACGCUGGCGGCCAAGGCUUUUGGACCGAACCGACCACGCCUGGCCCGUCUCAAAUACAGCUUGGACCCGCGCAAUGUGUUGGCUUACGCCUGUCCGCUCCCGAAAGCGUUGAUGGAGCAGAAGGUUGUCAUUCUUGUCACGGGCGAAAGCUGCGCCGGCAAGGACUAUUGUGCCAACGUCUGGGUCUCCGUUUUCCCUAAAUGCACCCACAAGAGACUCACGGCGCGGACAGUCAGCAUUAGCGAUGCGACUAAGCGAGAAUACGCGGCGACUACCGGUGCCGACCUAGACCGCCUUCUUGAAGACCGUGCCUACAAGGAGCAACACCGGCCGGCGCUGACGAGAUUUUUUCAGGAACAGGUGCGGCAACAACCUCGACUGCCAGAGCAGCAUUUUCUAGAUGCUGUGUACGGCGCCGUAGAUGUGGACGUGCUGCUAAUCACCGGUAUGAGAGACGAGGCGCCUGUCGCAGCGUUGUCGCAUUUGGUGCCAGACACCAAGCUACUUGAAGUUCACGUCCAAGCUAGUAAACAGACACGGCAGACUCGCCGAGGGUGCCACGGCAGUGACGAUAAUGGUAACAAUAAGGACAGCAGCAAUAACAGGUCGAAUUUGACAGCCUUGGACUACCGCCCCAGUCUCGCCUUCGCCAAUGACACGGCGGGAAACGAAGCGGCAGAAAGGUUUGCCGAACAGCACCUGCUUCCUUUCUUUCACGAGGACCUGCAGCGACUAGCCAAUAUGGUGCGUCCGAUACCCAACUUUCCACGCCCAGAUAUCGAGUUUCGCCACGUGCUCGGCAUCUCCCAGCAGCCGGGUGGGCUGGCCCUGUGCACGUCUCUGCUGGAAACCCACUUCAUCGGUGACUGGGCCAAAGUCGAUGCGGUGGCGUGUUGCGAGAUUGGUGGCUUUGUCUAUGCGUCGGCGUUGGCCUCGCAGGUCGAUGUGCCCUUAGUGCUAAUUCGUGAAGCUGGCAAGCUCCCCCCACCCACCGUUUCUGUUAUCAAGCCCCCCUCGCAUAUCUCGUCCUUGGCAUCCAAUAGUACGAAAGAGAAGCGGAUUGAGAUGGAGCGGGAUGUAGUCCCCAGGGGCGCGUCAGUGGUGGUGGUGGACGAUGUGCUUUCCACGGGGGAGACGCUAUGUGCGGUCCUACAGCUAUUAUGUAAAGCUGGCAUCAGCGCCGAGGAUAUUAGCAUCAUGGCCGUGGCCGAAUUUCCAGUUCACCGUGGCCGAGAGCUGUUGCACCGACGUGGGUUUGGCAGAAUUAAUAUUCAAAGCCUUCUGGUCUUUGGCGGUGCUUAGGAAAGGAAGAAGGAAGGAAAGGAUAUUGAAAUCUUAGAUUUGUGAUAAGGAUAACUAGCUUGUGAUAACUAUGUGUGAUUUGGGCGACUUCGAACUUCUGCCCUAUCGCUUAUCUUAGUGGGCGGGAUUCAUAUGCAAAUAAGAAGCAGAU